AUGGUCAGACCACUGCGGAAAGGCAUCUACGUCCCCUUGCCCACCUUUUUCGACGACCAUGAAGACCUUGACUUGAAGUCAUUCACCAGUCAGGUGGUCUACACCGCUAAAGCUGGUAUACUCCCCGUCGUAUGCGGAUCCAUGGGCGAGGCGGUUCAUUUAUCGCCAGAUGAGAGAGUUGAGCUUGUAAAGACUGCUCGUAAGGCACUGGAUGAAAAUGAGAUGGAAGAUGUGCCUAUACUAGCUGGAAUAGGCGCAGCCAGUACUAGGGAGACCAAUGUCCUAGCAAGGAGACUUGCCGAGGCUGGAGCCGACCACGCGAUACUGAUCACUGGUGGUUACUACGCUGGUGGUUUGAUCAAGAAGCCAGAGGCGAUCAAGAAAUUCUUUGUAGACGUAUCGGAAGCAUCGCCUAUUCCUGUGAUGCUCUACAACUUCCCUGGGGUCACGGGUGGGAUCGAUAUGACCAGCGAUCUGGUCGAGGAUAUUGCCAAGUCAGCGCCGAACACAUGCGGUAUCAAAUUGACAUGCGGAGCUGUUGGCAAGUUGACCCGUAUAGCGGCUACUGUCAACUCCAAAGACUUCACGGAAACGUACCCAAGAAAGGAUCCAAGUGCUCCCUUCCUUGUGAUUGACGGUUUUAUCGAUUUUCUGCUGCCCUCCGUCGCCGCUGGAGCCUCUGGAACGAUCACAGGUGUGCCAAACUUUGCACCACUCACCUGCAUGAAGCUUUGGGAGUAUUGCACCAGAUCAGACUUGCAUACUCCGGAGGUGAUGAGAGAAGCCCAAGACCUGCAAGCGUUGAUCAGCAGAGCAGAUUGGGCAGCCUCCAAUGCAAAUAUCCCUGGAAUGAAACGUCUGCUCCAACAUCUCUUCGGAUAUGGACAUUUGCCUAGGGGACCUCUCCCUGAGAUGAGUGUUGACGAGGCUGAGAAACUGUUGAUAAACCAUCCCUCUAUCAUGAAUAUCUUAGAAUACGAGAGAAGAUUGCAGAGGGAAGGAUACAAAUUCUGUUCUGACAAAUAG